AUGUUACUGGCUGGUUUUACUAUCAGGAAUGUUCCAUUUUUCAGUACGCACGUCCAUAUUAAUAGCACAUGGUCUUCAACUUUAAGAAACAUUGCCCUUACCCUUAUCCUAAUAAAAGCUGGACUUGGACUCGAUCCACAGGCUUUGAAGAACUUGAAGAGAGUUUGUUUCAGAUUGUCUGUGGGUCCAUGCCUCAUGGAGGCUUGUUCAGCUGCUGUUGUUUCCCACUAUCUUAUGCAUUUUCCCUGGGAAUGGGGAUUUCUAUUAGGUUUUGUAGUAGGUGCUGUCUCUCCUGCCAUUGUUGUCCCUUCCAUGCUACUUUUGCAAAAACAUGGAUAUGGUACUGAGAAAGGCAUUCCAACCUUACUGAUAGCUGCUAGCAGUUUGGAUGACAUCAUAGCUAUCACUGGAUUCAGUACAUGCAUGGGCAUAGCCUUCUCCACAGGUAAUGUAUUUUCUAAUCUCCUACACUCUUUUCGGAAUAUAGUUUCUGGUAUCCUGCUAGGAGUGGUUUUGGGAAUUUUUGUUCGCUAUUUUCCAAGUGAAGAUCAGACAAAUCUUGCAUUGAAGAGAGCAUUCCUUGUUUUGAGUAUGUGUGUUACUACUGUCUUAGUCAGCAAUCACUUUGGUAUACAUGGAGCUGGAGGAUUAUGCACACUAAUGCUGACUUUCAUUGGAGGACUGAGUUGGUCCAAAGAUAAGAUUGGAGUCCAAAAUGUUAUUUCAAUUGCAUGGAAUAUUUUUCAGCCCCUUCUUUUUGGUUUGGUUGGAUUGGAAGUAUCUGUUGCAUCUCUUAAAUCAAAUGCUAUAGGCGUUUCUGUUGCUACCAUGAGUUCGGCAUUAUUGAUGCGAAUUUGUUUUACUUUUAUUUUGAUGUCUUGUGCUGGUUUUAAUCUUAAGGAGAAAAUAUUUAUUGCUCUGUCAUGGAUACCCAAAGCUACAGUCCAGGCUGUAUUAGGUCCUCUGGCUCUAGAAACAGCAAGAACCAGUGCACCCAACUUGGAACCAUAUUCGAAGGAUGUGAUGACUGUAGCAUUUUUAGCCAUCUUGAUCACAGCUCCAAAUGGAGCUCUAAUUAUUAACUUGCUGGGGCCCAAAUUACUUGCACAACAGGAUCCAAACAAAAUAGUAGUGUAA